AUGACUCGUAUUUUUUAUUUCUUUCUUUGUGCUUUACAUUCCACGCUGAAGGAGAAAACUAAUUCGUUCGACCGGUGCGAACUGUUUGCUGCGUUUUUUUAUUGUUGUGUAUUAUAUUGUUGGUUUAUGACUGUAAUGUCGAAUUAUUUAAACCAGAGUGGUAAGGAAAACUUGAAUAAUCCAGUUUUUGUUACUGACAGAAUCCCAAAAUCUUUCCAUAAUACUAAAAACCUCACUUCUGACCCAAUUGACUUGAAUAAACAAGGAUUAACAACGGCACAACCAGUGGCAGCACACAUUGGCAACGGAAUGCCGGAGCCUUACAUGUCACCUGGCUAUUAUGCUAAUAAUACUGGAUUCCCGAUGUCGUUUCCGAACUUUACUCAGCCUCAGUGGUCUACAGGCACUAACAAUCCUCAGGCUGCUCCCCAGAACUUUGACCAUACUGCAAUGCAAUAUAGUACGUUAGGAGCAGCUCCAACUGCUCAACCAAAUGCAGAUGGUAGUCAGGCCCAUCAGUAUGUAGCUGCUGAUCAUUUGUUUAAUCAAAACAAUUCUGCUUACCAGAAUGCAUUCUCUGCCGGACCUUAUAUGAAUGGUAAUUGGUCUUAUUUUAAUAACCCAAGCUCUUUCUUUUUUCCAACUGGUACUGGAGACUUGAAUUUAACUUGGGGUACAGCUGCAGCUGAUAACCCAAACAAUGCAUUGUUUCAAGACUUGUAUAAACCUCCCCCACCUCCAACUGAGCAAGACAAAGGAAAAGUUGAGUCAAUUAAUGAACUUUCCACUGGAUUUGAGAAUGGUGAAGUCAAAACGGUAGAAUCUGUAGAGCAAUCAUUUAAUAGUAUGAGUGUUAGUGCAAAUGAGGAUAUUGAUAAAAGUAUUGAUAAUUCUAUUACUUCAACUGCACCAAGUAGCUCUGUGGCAGCUCCAUCCAAAGCUGUGGCUCCAGCUACUACUCCUGGACAAUCUAAUGCCCCUGCAAAGCCUGUAUCAUGGGCUGCCGUAGCUAGUCAACCUGCGAAAAGUAAACCCCCUACCAAAAAACCUCCAAAAACUACUGCACCUUCAGUGACAAGUAACAAGACAAAUUAUUCUUCCCAAAAUGGAACUGCAACUGGCAAUAAGGGUAAGCAACAAAACCAAUCUGGGGGUCGUUGGAACAAUCGACAGCAAUAUCAGGGUGGGAAUAAUAGUAAUAAUACUGGAAGUGACGUUACUGCUGUUCCUAACGACAGCCAUCUGGAUAUUAAUAGAUUGAAAGAUAGUUCUCCUUUGUUGAAGAAACUCAUGCAAAAGUAUAAUUUCAAUCCAAGAGAUUUUGCUAUGGAUUUUAAGAAUGCCCGUUUCUUUAUUAUUAAGAGUUAUAGUGAAGAUGAUAUUUUUCGCUCAAUCAAAUACUCAAGUUGGACAUCCACUGAACAUGGUAAUCGGAGACUGAAUGAAGCUUUUAAAGAACAGCAAAAAACUGGAGUUAAAACACCAAUGUAUUUGUUGUUCAGUGUCAAUAGUAGUGGACAUUUUUGUGGUGUUGCAGAAAUGAAGUCUGAAGUGGACUUAAAUGUUGAAACAGGUAUUUGGGUGCAAGACAAAUGGAAGGGACGAUUUGACGUCAGAUGGAUUUAUGUAAAGGACGUGCCCAAUAACACUCUACGUCAUAUUCGGCUAGAGAACAAUGAAAACAAGCCUGUUACGAAUUCACGUGACACCCAGGAAGUGCACCCGGACAAGGGCAAGCAAGUGUUGAAAAUUAUGCACAAUUACAAGGCACAAACUUCCAUAUUUGAUGAUUUUUCUCACUAUGAGAAAAGACAAGAAGAAGAUGCAAGGAUGAGGAGCAAGAAAAUGCCGGAGCCGAAUUUGUAAAAUUUAUUGUUGCAAUUCUUCUUCGUGGAAAGUUAAUAUUUUGAAUUGA